ACGGAAAUUUUGUUACCCCAAUGAAUAGCUCCAACGUAUCCCUCAAAGUUUUUAGUUGUACAUAGAUAUUAAUUUGAGACUCUCUUGUAAGCCUUAAACACGUGCGACCUCAGUGUCUCAUUAUGUCUGGCCUUAACUUUCGAGCAAGGCAACUUGAACACUCGAAGCCAUUACCUAUUCUUCUGGCAGAAGAUAUCCCUGGAAUUGACAUGAAUACGUAUGUACAAAGGGCUUUGCCACGAAUGGCAACAGGAAUGGAGAAGGAAGAGGAGGAGGAACAUCAUUUGAAAAUUAUACUCCGCCAAGAUGGGGGGCUCGCUUCUACGACUUCAGUCAUUCCCACGCCUACUGCCGGCGAGAAAGUCGAUUACUACGAUGAAAUUUACCAGAAAGACUUUAUGCUUCCGGGCCCUUAUAUCCGUAUUAAGGAUCUUCCGCAGUCAGUCGAAUUCGUCGACUACGACGCUGAUUCUGAAGAUGAUGCGUGGCUAGCUCGAAGGGAUUACAGGCACAGCCUACUUGCUUGUGUCUUCUAUGCAAACGUAUCUUAUUGGUUUUAUAUUAGGAUCCACGGGGAUCGCAUAUCUUGCCACUCCUUCGAAACAAUGAUCGACCGCUUAGAAUGUGCGGCGCCUGGCCAGAAAGCGCUACCGUCCUUCCAUCAAGUGCGUGACCUUUUAAAAAUGGAUGACUCCGCCGCCAUGGAAGUUUAUGAGUAUUGGAAAAGCAAACGAGCAAGGAACCAGGGGCUGCCUCUGCGACCCGUUGUGAAGACGGACAAGAGCAAUGAUCCGGCAAGCGUCUCCAAUCCAUACGUUGCCUUCAGACGGCGUGCUGAUAAAAUCCUGACAAGAAAACACCGGAAAGUUGAAGAGCAUUCCUACGAACGCAUGGUGAAGCUGAAAAGAGAUUUUGAAAAACUGCGCACUCUCCUGGAAAUGGUGAAGAAACGCGAAAAGUUAAAAAGAGAAAGAAUCCACUUGGCUCUGGAGAUCUUUGAGGCGCGCCUGUCAGCUAAUGACUGGACCUUUAGGGAAUUUAUAAAAGAAAAAGAUGAACCGAAGAAAAAAAGUGAGUACGACGAAGAGCAGGCCUCUAAAAAAAUUAAUAAGUUUUUCAGUUCCCACAGGAGCCGGUCUCUGAAAAAAAAUUCUGAAAAGUAUAAAAAGAAACCUAGUCAGCCCAGAAGUGGCCCUUCUGAAGCCUUAAAAGAAGCAGAAGACAGAGGACCAGUAGAAAAGCAGGAAAAAGAAGGGGCAGAGCCUGGCGCUAGCCCUAAAGCAAACGAUGGCCUAGCGUCCACAACAGUCACCACUAUUGGCGGAGCUCAGCUUGACCUUGCACGUGUCUACAGCAAGGGGGUUACUCAAGGAUAUAACCCGUUCCCUUUUAGCUCGAAGAAGAAGCAUAUUGGCUACUGGCCGCGGCUUGGGUAA